AGAUGGCGCUUGUUAAUGUCAUUAUAUUCAGUCGAAAAGCAAAGUUUUAGUGGAAAUUUCAAUAGCAAGUGUUUGCAAUGGCGAUAACUCGGGUAAAGUCAAGUGAAGUGAAGUCAAAAUAAGUGACCAAGGGUGCUCCAGGUGUUCCCCACCGAUGGUGGAUGGUGUGCAGGUGCGCGGACUGUAGUGGAAGAGGUGGUGCGUGGUGUCCCCCGAGCGCCCCAUCGCGAUUGCCAAUCGUAGUGGUCCGGUGGACAAAAAAAAUCAAUGAAAUUUUCUCACUUGCACUGUGGCACACACACUUGGGGUUUGUUGUAUUUGUGACUGUGGAGUGUAAGAUGUGUCGUCGAUUUAUAGUAUUCAUCGCAUGCAGAGUGAGAGAGAGUGUAUCUCAUUGAAGGAGAAUUUUUCGUCUGUGAGUGAUUCAAUCCAUCGCACGAAGUGGAUAUAAAAACAAUUGUGUAUAAAGAAUUUCAUAAGAAUUUUUGAGAGGUGUGUAUAUUUAAGUGAUCUGAGGGAAGUGUCUUGUGUGUGUGUGAUUGUGGUGAAACAGUGAGGACAAAAUGCAUGUAUCAACACAUUCUUCGAACAAUCUCAACUUUACUGUACCUGUUUCAUCAGCACAGCGUCAGAUAUCCCUCUUGGAGAAGCAACAGUCGCAGGAUCAGCAACAGGGCAAUAUUUCCAAUUGUGAUACAGAAGAUGAGAUUCCAGCUUCGGUGAUAAGCAGCGUGGGAACUGUGAAUUAUCAGCAGACACCCCAUCAGAUCUAUGUUGUGUCCACACAAUCAGCAAGUACAACAUCUAAGACUCCUACUGGUUUGGCCAGUCAGUCGUCCGGGAAGAAUCACGUGGACUCAAUUGUCUCAGUGGCAUCUUCCAGCCACGUGGUUGAGUCUGGAGGAACGUCGUCAAAGAUGGUGCAGCAAUCUGUAAUUGGACAGUCAGUAGCUCCAGCGGCUGUACAGCAGCCUCGAUUGCAUCCCAAGAAGAGAAAAUUUGACCCGGCCGAAUUGGAGGAAAUGAACUCGACGGCUGUGGCAAAGGUGGAGGAUGGGGCUCCAGCUGCGUCCAGUGCGGAUAUUGUCAACAAAGUGGCACCAGCAGUGACGGCAUCCAAUGGUGUGACCACGGCACAAAUCAUCUUUGCAACCCAUACAGUGCCCGUGUACAGUCAUGCCAAUUCUUACCAUGUGCAGCAGACAUCGGAGCCACCAACACUACACAGAGAUGUUCAACCGCCCGUGCCAAAUGUUGAUCUGACGGAAUGGCGUGACCAUCGGGUUCUGCUGAAGCACAUCUCGAUGAAUAUCUACCAACCGGGUUCAAUUAAAGCCGUGGAGCAGCCUCAUACGGUGGUCGUCAAGAUGGAUGGCGAAGAUGGAUGCUGCCGAAAAGUACAGGAUGUUUUCGGUUCAAACCGUUUUGAUAUUGUAAGCGAUGCCUGUCCAUCGGUGUCGGCAGUAUCUGUUGGGAUGCGCGUGUGUGUUCGGUCGCAGAUAGCAGACUCACCUGGAUAUGUUUUUGUUGAGGGAAUUGUAAAUGACGUAUUGAACAAUACAAAGCAGUUUUCUGUGCAAAUGGCAAACAAUGCUCAGGAUGUGAGAAUUGUGAAGAGAGCAGAUCUGCGACUUCUUCAGCCACCGUGGUGGGAUGAAUUGACGGACGUUAUGAAGGGUGGAAGUCAUGAUGAUGCCAUGAAUACGAUGAGCAGUACAAAUAGCUCGGGAUUAUCGAAUUUGGGUGGUUCAAAUAGCCAUAAAAGUGAUGGAGGGACUGAUGAGACGAAAAUUGUUUAUGCAAAUUAUGUAAAAGGUGCUUGUAGGAAUGUUGCCAUGAAGUCAAUUGUUGCUGUAACUUCGCGUCCAGGGGCAAAUUAUGUUGGUGCAAUGCAUCGAUAUGAUACAUCACCGCCAAUUCAGGUGCAUCAUGUUCUGCCCAUAUUGCACAAUCAGGAGGAAUACUAUAGAACAACAGCUACAUCACCAUUUCAGGGAACAAGUGUUGCGGGUACUGAAGUGCCGCCUGGAGGGACCUCCAGUGGCAAUUCAAUGGAGGUCUUACCACCAGGUGUGUCAGUAUUAACAAACACAACAAGUCCCAAUCCUGAGGAACUUAUGAGGCGUCAGCGAUACGAUGACUACGAGAGUGACGAUGAAUUGCGUCGGGAAGAUAUUAGUUUUCCCAUUGAUGGGGAUGUGGAGAAGUUGUCUGGGAGUAGUAAGAGGAGCAGUAUGCAGAGUCGUGGGAGUACGUCGAGUUUAUUGGACCAAAGGCUUACACCUCGAUCUCAGCCGGCAACCCCAAGAUCUCAGGCAGCAACACCACAUCGUUUCAAAAAGGGCGACAUCGUAACUACUCCCAGUGGUAUCCGGAAGAAGUUCAAUGGGAAACAGUGGAGACGUUUGUGCUCCAAUGAUCCCUGCUCCAAGGAAUCUCAGCGUCGUGGCUUCUGCUCCAGACAUCUGAGUCAGAAAGGAAAUUCCCUCAGAUCUGCUGGAGGGCCAAAUCAGUUUCCAACUAGCCGUUCUAGCAGCAAAGCUCAAGCAGAUGAGGAUACAUCCAGGGACUCAGAAACAUCACCAAAUUAUCGUGUUACUGGACGUUUUGAUCAGGAGGAAACUGAUGUUGCCAAUAUGCUGGUCUCCCUCAGUAGCUCAAGAUCAGCCACUCCGUCAUUUUCCUCCCCAACAAACCAUGGCUCUCCCCCAAUUCAUACAACACAGAGUCCAGUAACUGUGGGCAAUAGGCAAAAUGUCUUUAUGCCCAUUGGCAGUCCGGCUGCACAGUCGGAAUCCUCCAAGUGGAAGGCUGACUCUCCCAGUCCGGUAGCCCAUCUUCCGGCUCACUCCCAUGUCAUCCGGCCUGAACUGGUGAGGCCACCUCAGACGCUGCCGCCACCAGUUCAGCAACCACCUCCCCAAACUCAGCCACCUCCAGCACCCCAAGUUCAGGUGCACCAUCAUCAACAGCAACAGCAGCAGCAACAGCAGCCGCCGAUGCAGCAACAGGUUUCGGCACCACCGCCAAAUCUGCCCGUGGGUCAUGCAACAAGUGUCAUUCGCAUAUCACCAGCCUCGAGUCAUGCAUAUCAUCUGCAACCGGUGAUUAUGGAUUCGGGACAUAUGGUGUCCUCCAUUCCGUCAGUUGAGAAGCCACAGACAAAAAACGGCAUUAAUCCCAGCUCCAUCUAUCCCUGGCACACACUCCUGCCCGUUAUUAAUCCACCGCAGGUGCGUCCGGGAGCUACUGGAUUCAAUUCCGGCACGAAGCCACCGUCGCCACCGCCGCCAGAAUCCACGGAACCCACCGCAGAUGAUGAUGGAGAAGAGGACCAAGGGGAUGAUGAUGUUUUUGAGACUCCAGCUCCGGAACCCUCAAAUUCAGGAGGUUCAGGACCAUCGACAAAUGAGAAUUUUCACCCACCCUCGAGUAUGGCCAAUGGGAGUAAUAUCCCCUGCAAUUUCCUAACCAGUCAUGGCCCUUUUGGCAAUCAUGCUGACAAUGAUCCGCCGUCCGAUGGGGAGAAGGGCACAAAGAGUCAAUUUGUGGUGGGAAAUGUGGCUGUGUCCCAUACAACAAUCCUACCGAAAAUUGGUCAACUCGAGGCAAAUCCCACAAAGACACGGAGGACACAGUCAUGCAGUGCCAUUGAGGCGAGUACAAAGGACCCACAGAGUCCACAGGCAAAGAAGGAGGGCACCAAAAUUCGGCGUCCUAUGAAUGCCUUCAUGAUCUUCUCCAAAAGACAUCGUGCUCUAGUACAUCAGAAACAUCCCAAUCAGGACAAUCGUACCGUCAGCAAAAUUCUUGGCGAAUGGUGGUAUGCCCUGGGACCGGAUGAAAAGGGAAAGUACCACGAUUUGGCCACUGAAGUCAAAGAAGCACAUUUCAAAGCUCACCCAGAAUGGAAGUGGUGUUCCAAGGACAGAAGAAAGUCAUCGAGUUCCACCAAGGAUGGGCGUGGGAGGACAGAUUCGAUCGAUGGGGCAGAUUCAUUGGAUGAAAAGAGCCCCAAGACACCUGGAGUGGAAUCGACAAUGCAAGCAAAUGAUAUUAUCCCGCUGACUAUUUCAGCUUUUAAUGCCAUGGAGGAUGUUGAUGCGACAGUGACAGUUAAGAAAGAGGAAGAGGGUGGUCCGGGGGGAUCUGAUAUGAGUACCAAUCAAGUGCAAUCUGUUGGUGAUGGGGGAGGACAAAUGCCACACUCCACAGUGAUGGAGCACAAAGAGGAGGCAAUGUCUGAUGAUGAUCAAAUGGUGAUAGCUGAGGAAACAAGUGCAACAGAUAACAAUGCUGACAUUGAUUUGCAGUGCGCAGAAAAGGUAACGGAUUCAGAUGUUGAAGAACCGAAUUGUGAUGACUCGGAAGAAUCACACAAAAACAAGAAGAUGAACGAAACAAACGAUGAGGCAACAGCAGCAGCACAAAUUGGUCCAAAUAGUGCAAAUAGUGUGUCAAAUUCAAAUACAGCAAUUUCUGGUGAUUCACAUCCAAAUAUUGAGAUACGCUGCAAGCCAAAACCAAUUAAACCAGCAUCUCAAAUGGAAAGUGUCAUGUACAAUUACCAAAUACCUAUUUCAACUUACCAUGGUCCAAAAAAUCCAUCCGGAGUAUCUACUUUUCAUCCAACAGGUGGUGCAUUUAGGACAAUGCCAGCAAGUCCUAAAAGUACCAAGAUUCCACGGACAAUGGAUCAGCCAAAUGCUGAAAUGUACAAUCCACAAAUGCAGUCGGCAGUUAAGAUGGAAAAUGUGAUGGAAUCAUGCAAUACAGGCAAAAAUUCGGCAAUAUUCACAUUCACUCCCAAUCCACACGAUCAAAUGCAGUUGCAGGCAACGCAGCAGGAACAGCAGAGACAAAGUGUGGAGUAUCAGAAGAAGGCCUAUGCUGCUGCCAUGGCAGCCUCAACACAAGGCGAUCAUCGGCUCGGGGGGCCUCAGUCACCGAUGGAUGCAAGUGCUGGUGAUGGUGUGUACAAUAACAAUAAUGUGAACAACAAAGAAUUGAUUGCAAAUACAAAUUUGGCUACAGCAGGUGAUGUUUGUGGUGCUAAAGAUGCCAACAGGGGUAAUGUUGGUGGUAGUGAUAGCAACAACAAAAAACCACCAAUCCCAUCACAGCAGAUUCUCAUGAUAAAUCCAAGUACAAUUGCAACAGUAUCGACAUCAGCUUCAUCAUCAAAUCCACCACCAGUUGUUAGUCAGAAGCCUAUUAUGUUGGCAUUGAGUGGCAAUCAACAGAUUGCAUUUGUUCCCGUGGCAGAGGAUAAUCAAUAUAUGAUGCACAAACGACCGAGAAUUUAUACUAGUAAUGCUGCAACCACAAAUACCCAAGCUCAAACUAUUGCCAAUCCGGCUAAAACAACAGCAGGAUCAGGUCCGACAGUUCAGUAUGUUAUUCAGGGACAAAUGCCAAAUCUUUUGAUAUCUGCACCAAAUUAUUCAACACAGAGUCUUCUAAAAAUAAAACAAGAGCAACCUCCCGAAUCACCGGGGAUUAAAAAUCUUCCAGCCACACCAAAAUCAAGCUCAGCCGAAUCAAUGGAUGUGGGUGAGAUAACAAAUGAGGAUAAAGACAAGAUGUUUGAUAAUUUUGAACCACCGGAAAAGAAAACAUUCAUAUUGGCCCCUACACCAGCUCAGCUGGGAAAGGCACCACUACAGAGAAGACAAAACAUGACAUCAAAUGGAAAUCCAAAUUCACAAAAUGCCAGUGAACCUCAAACACCAACAUCCAUCGGCAUGGCGCCGAUUACAACGCUAAAUAAUAAUUUAACAACCAAUUUACCAUCGUCCCUUCCGACACCAACAUCAGCGUCCAUCGAUGAUGUUCAUGGGCAAAUGUCACCGCAGCAGAAGAAAUCGUUCUUCAAAAAGAUCAAAAGUGAUGAUAUGGACAAUGUUCUAAAACAAGUUGAUUUUGAAAAGAAAUUCCAAACCCUGCCUCAAUUUAAACCUGAAGACUGCCAAUCACCCAGUGCAAUAUCAAUUGCAUCUUCACCGCGUGUUUUCACACAAAAUUACCGCAAGAAGUCCCAAUCGCUCGCCAAAACUCGGUUCAUUUGCACUUUUCCAGAUGGAGCUGAUGAAGAAAUGUCGGAAGCGGGAAGUGCUGCAUCAACUGCCACCCCAUCAGCAUCGUACAUUGUGGGCAAUCGAUUUUUCGGUGCUGAUUUCAACAUUGACCAAUUGCGAGCUGUUGCCGAAGCCGCUGACUCAGAUCGAUCUCCACGAACGCCAAAGACACCCCUGCAGAGUGCAUCAUCUGUGCGGAGUGCCACAAUUUGUGGGAGUGCUGGGUCGAUAUGUGGCAGUGCUACUGGUGUGGGUUCCGCUGGCGGACAGGAUCCGGCUGAAAAGGGCCACCGAAAGAUACUCGAACAGCGACGACAGUUGGUGAUGCAAUUAUUUCAAGAUCAUGGUACUUGGUUUCCCACCUCUCAGGCAACAAAUAGUUUUCAGUUAGCCCAUAAAGACAUCUUUCCUACGAAACAGAGUCUUCAGCUGAAGAUUCGGGAAGUGAGGCAGAAAUAUAUGGCACAGUCAACUGGACCUACAACUCCAAAUGACAUUGGUUCUCCUGGAGAACCACAACAAACACAAACAUCUCAACAGCCAUAAAUUAAUUUGAUAAUUUUAUUAAGAGAUAUUUUUAGCGUAAUAUUUCUCCAACAUUUUUCUUUUUAUUUUAGCACAAAGAAGUAACAUUUAAAACGUUAGGUCAUAACGUAAAUCAACCAAACUUAUGGGUCAAAUACAAGGAAUUUAUAUUAAAAGAAAAAAAAAUGAAAACAGAGAAUAAUACAGUAAUCGUAUUAACUUAUUGAUGAAGAUGAUACUUUCAUGUGAAAAAAAAAAUUGUUGUACUCUUUCUCUAUCUCUCUAUUUCUCUUUUCUCAACUUUGAGGAAAAACAAAUCACUUAAAUUUUAUCUAAUACAUUUUGUACUAAACAAAGAAUACAAAGGAUGAAGGGUAUAGCAGAAAAAAGCGCCAAAAGUAACUUUUGAGCUUCACAAAGAGAGUUUUUAAAGUGUUGCGAGUAACAAUAUAAUUUCAUGUUUAUUAUGAACUGAUUAAUUUUUAUUGCAAUAUUUUUUUUAAAUAGUAACCAUUUAUUAUACAAAACCACUCAUUUAUUAUAUCAUUAUAUAUUUUUUUUAGAAAAAAGUAUCAAAUUCUUUAUAAAAUUUUAUUGAAUUUUUUUUUGUUGAAAAAAAUAACUUGAAUUGGUGCCAAUUACUGACAUAAAAUGAAAAGUAAAGUAUAAAAAAGUAAUAUUAUUAAAAAAAAAAAAACAAGUUAGACAUUAGUGAAUUAAAAAUAGUGAAAGACAAAAGGAACAAAGUGAAAGCAUAUAAUCUCCUAUAUUGAUAAUGUUACAGUGGAAAAUUAUGUACAAUCGUUCACAUAUGAAUGACUUCUUAUAAUGUUUUUCUUUUUUCUAGAAAAGAGUAAAAAAAAAUAAUGUAGAAAACCCAGAGGUUUGACUAUGAUUAAAGUCGAAAGAAUUUGUCUAUGGAAUCAUUUUAACUUGAAGUAUAGAGAAAAAAACAAAUAAUUGUAGAAUGGGAAUAUUUUAGAAACGAUAAAUAAACAGCGCACGUUUUUGGUGGGCUUUUUGCAAAUGAAUUCCGGUUAAAGGAAAAGUUGAAAUAAAAAAAAAUUGUAGUUUACACAGGAAAACCAUAAGUUGAAAAAAAACAAGUUAAUUGAUAGAAGAAUAAAAAUUUGGCACGAAUUUAGGAGUAUCACUGAAGAUAAGAAAAAUGAGAAGAUUGCUAAACAAUUCACAAAAUAUUCAGUGUUAAUGGAAAAAAAACUAAAUUGGUAGGUUGCACAAAGGCAGUAAGAAAUAGUUAGAAUUUUAAAAUGAGCUCUAAACUCUUCCUUCUUUCCACCCGCAAAGAACUCUACGCAGAAAAAGCUUACAUUUUGCUGUUUUUUUUUGUUUUAAUUGGGGAGGGUGAUAUCUUCUGGAAAUUCGUGAAAAUCAAUUCAAAAAUUGAAUUUGAGGAUGAUAUAAAAUAUUUUUGAAAGCGAAAAUAAUAUAAAUAAAAAAUAAUUAUUUCACUGAGAAAAAAAAGAGGGUACGAUUAACUUUUUUUCCUCUUAACUUUAACACUUUUUAGGUGUAAAAAUAUAUCAACAUUUUUUAAUGUUAAUUUUACACAUUUUUAAGGGUAAAAUUAACAUGAAAAGUGGUAAUUUUAACCCCUAAUACACCUAAAAAGGGUAAUAUUUACACCGAUUUUGGAUCAAUACUGCAGGGUAAAAUUAACAUUUCCGGAAUGUUAUUUUAACCUUUUCGGUUUUUCUCUCAGUGUUUGAGAAAAGUCAUCAAAAGCGACAACAUUAACAGAAAAUAAUGUUUUAAAUAAUUUCCUGUGUUAACACGCCGCAACCCUCCCUCUUAUUACUUUACACUAAUAUCAAUAAAUCCAUUUACAGUUUGCUUUAUAAAAUAAUUAGGAAUUCUUUUUCAAAUUCUUCACCGAAAUUGGAUACUCCCCCAAAAAUAUUUUGAUAUUACUGGCCUUAGAAAGUAGAGAAGAAUUUCGAUGUUGGCUAUAAAAUCCAUAUUUUAAGGUCACUUGAAGAUUCUUUUUUCUGAAAUAUAUUGCUGAAAUUAGAUUGCAGAAAAAUCACAUUUUACUAAAAACAUUCACGGCGUGAGAUGCAGUACAUCAAUUCACCAUAUUAAGAGGCAUAUUCAACUUUCGUGACAUCUUACUUGCAGUUAAAAUAAACGUGCGAUUAGACCUUUGAUUUUGGUCUAACUAAAAUGAUGAGAAUUUUGAGUUCUUAAAAUCUUCCUGAUCUAAUAGGUCUACCAGAGCUAUUAAAAUCAGGAAAAUUUAAUAAAAUCAAAAUUCGCAUCCCUUUAUUUCACUCAAAUUGGAUAAAACUAAAUUGAAUUUCUUGUGAUGUUCUGAGAAAGAAGAAGAGUGCGAAAAAGUGGAAUAUACAUUAUGUUUUCUAUUAAAAAAAGACUAGUAAAAUUUACAGAUAUCAUACGACAACAGAAAUGCUGAAUUUGCAUUUGAAAGAACGUGAAUAACGAAAAAUGUAAAUUAAUUGAUUUAUUAUCAAAUUAAAGAUUCUAAAUUGAGACGCCCAGAACAAGAGUGACUUUUUUUGUAUAUUUUUCCGUAUUAAAAUGGUUGACUCUUGCUCUCGUGUUUCAGUUGUAAAGAGAUCGUUCAGAAUUUCAGAUUAGGGUAAGUGUGCCAAAUUCCGGCCAGCUUGCAAUUUCGGCCACAUAUUUUGUUCCUCGAAUUUCCAUGAAUUUUUAGUUUUUGCAUACUCAACAGAUUAUACAAUGCAAAAACUAACUAAAAAUGUCGUUUUGACGAACAAGAUGUUCUGAAAGAUACAUUGGAAGAAUUCCGGAAGGGGAAGAAACUAUGAGAAUGGAGGUGGACGGAAUUGGCCACCUAUGCUAUGUCUACAUUUUUAUUCAUUUUAAAAUGUAUUAAGAAAAAAUUCAGAGAAAAUAAAGACGAUUGACUGUCUACAAGGUUCCAAGCAACACUUCUUAUAAAAAAAGUAACAAAAAAAUCAAUUUACAUUAAAAAAUAUUACAUUUAAAACUUGAAACUUUGGCGCUUGCAUGCAACUAUGCCGAAAUUUGGCACAUACUUACCCUAAUCUUCUAAACCUUCAAAGAACCAUUGAACGGUUUUUGAAACGGCUAAUAAUCGCAGCAGGAUCGCCUAAGUUAAAUGUAUAUUUCAUUACACAAAAUAAGUGAGUUAUGCAAAUCCAGUCAUCUAAAUUAUUUAAUCACAAACUAUAAUUAUUUAGCAUAUCUCGUUUAUCCAAUUGGAAAAAAAAUAUAUGCAGUGAAAAAUUAUAUUUUGUCAAUAAUGCUGCAACAAACCAUUUUGAUUUGGUGAAAUCAGAUUUGUCACUAAAUAAUUUUGGUUGCUUAUUAAAGUACAGUUCGAAUAUUUGAGGUUUCCUCACUGUUUUUAGAUGGACUAAGAGAAAAGAAAGGAUGAGAAGACUCAGAACAGCUCUUCUUCACGGUUUUUUUGUACACUCAAAACUGAAUGAUAUCUACAAAUUCAAUACAGUUUUUUUAAGGAGUUACAUGAGUCUCUCAGGUCAAAAAUAGGCCUUUUUCUGAUAAUAAUUUAUUUUGUCGAAAAUAUUUUAGAAUUCCAACUUUUGGGAUAUGAAAGAGUAAUUUUAGAACAAAAUUUAAAAAAAAAAUGAAAAAUUUUGAAAAUUCAACCGUUGGUAGCUGAUUUUCGGAACCAUUCCUCAAAAAAACAGAUCUUGGGGUAGGCAGGAUUUCUCCCAUUAGGUUCAUCUGAAAUAAAAAAACCAAAUAUACUCUGUUAGAGGAUUAGUUGGACCCCUGGAUUCAGGCCUGAUCUAAAAGAAAAGUCGAAGUGAAUUUUUUGGUGCCUGUUGGCAUUCUUCGAAAGGCCGCGAAAAUUCACGUAGAGAAAAUUAGAGGUUUUUUAAUGUGAAAAUUGUUUAAUUCCUCAGAGUUAAGUCAUUUUCACAAGAAAAUCCUUUUAAUAAUUUAGUUGAAUAGGGUGGAAUCACCAGUUCUCGCCAGUGCCCCACUUGUCGCCACUUACAUUGAAAUCGCUAUUUUUCGUAAUUUAUGUAAUAAAUGAGUCGCAAUUUUUUUGUAUUGUUUCUGCUUCUACGCAUAGAAUCGAAAAAUAAUAAUUAUUCGUUUUGGAUUCACGAGUUUGAUCACUUUUUAGAGCAAUAUUUUAAGCAAGUGCAUCGAAUCCAACAUCUCUUACCAAAUGUACUAAGUGUCGUCAAAUUUUCAUCAGGCCAAAAAUACCUAUUUGGGUAAAUAAUUUGUCUAUUGAAUAUUUAAUUGCACUUGUGGAAUACAUAAAAUUUGUAUUUAGUCAAUUAAUAUUUCAUUUUAUAUUAUUUUUGUAUAAAAAUGAGGCAUGGCGAGAAGUGGUAAUAUUCUGGAAUUGAUUUUACCACCUGUCGCCAUAUCUUUUCAAUAGGCGACGCUAACUUCACUUCGUACAUUCUCAGUUGUCAAAUCUGUAUUGUUUACUUUCUGCAAAAGCCCCAUAAUUUGAUUUCUCAAAUAAAAGUGAAGAAAAAUCAUUUAAAGAGAGUAAUAAUAAAGUGAUCACAAGGAAAGAGAAAUGGUGAAUGUAUUCUUUUCAUAGCAUUGCCUAAAAUAACCGAGUGUGGUUCUUUUCAAGUGGGUGGCGAGAAGUGGUUACAAAUUUUACAAAACUGGCGAAAAGUGGUAAAAAGUGGCGACGAAAUGGUUAUUUUUGCAUUAUUAAUAAAAAUCAGUUUUUUAAGUGGUCCAGCGUUAUGUUCUAGGAUUAUUGUUUUCACGUAUCUAGAGCCAAUACAUCUAAGUAACUUUGUGUCAAAUUUGACUUAUCUUGUAACAAGGAUUCAAAAGUUAUGAUUAAAUGAAUUUAAUUUUUUCCUAAACAUGGCGAUAGCCGGUUAUUCCACCCUACAGUUAUUUUGGUUAAUUGUGAAUAAUUGUCGAUAUUACAACAAAAACAUUGGGAUGAAAUUUUGAGCUGGAAGACUCAUAUUCUUUUGAGCUGUCCCAAAAUUCAGGAUAGGUUUGAGAAAAACCCUUUUGUACAACACUACUUUGGUUAAUAAAGAAUGCAAAAGUACAUAUUUGAAGAAGGUACACGACCUGCUAAUAAGCAUAAAAUAGAGAAGAAAAUAUUUUGGGCCAUUUUAGAUUUUUUGCAACUGCAGCGCCGCUAUACUCUCUCUCACAGUUGAAUUGCGCGCGAUUUAAGAACUUUCCAUUUGAAGUGAUACUUGCAUUUAAUUUCUUUGUUUUUCUGCAAAAUUCAAGUAAAAGGAUAUGUAGUGAACAGCUAUCCAUCACAAGUAUGCAAAAUUUCAGAAAGAUCGGUUCAGUAGACUCUGAGUAAUCUUUACUACCGCAUUGUAAAACGGUGGUUUGAGAAAAACGCGUUUAAAGUUUUACAACAAUAUGCGCGCGCAGGAUGAAUGCAUAUCUAAAACUGCUCUACCUCCGAGAGUUUUACUCCGAUUGACUUGAAAUUUUCAGAAAAUAUUUUUAAAUAGGGUAAAUGUGCCAAAUUCCGGCCAGCUCACAAUUUCGGCCACAUUUUUUGUUCCUCGAAUUUCCAUGAUUUUUUAGUUUUCGCAUACUCAAGAGAUUAUAAAAUGCAAAUAAUAACAAAAGAAUGUCGCUUCGACGAACGAAUUGAUAUGAAAUAGACAUUGGAAGGAUUCCGGAAGGGCAAGGAACUUUGAGAAUGAAGUUGGCCGAAAUAGGCCACCAAUGCUAUGUUUACAUUUUUAUUAUUUUUAAAAUGUAUCAAAAAAGAAUGUAGAGAAAAUGAAGACGUUUGACUGUCUACAAGGUUCCAAGCAACACUCCUUAUAAAAAAAAUAACAAAAAAAUUAAUUUGUUUUAAAAAUAUUACAUUUCAAAUUUGAGACUUUGGUGCUAGUAAGCAACUAUGCCGGAAUUUGGUACACUUACCCUAAAUAUUUUUAAAUAGAUAAAUAAAAAUAAAUAAAUAUCUUUAAAUAAAUAAAAAAAAAUGAUUUUUUUGACCUGAGACACAUGUAACCUCUUAAAUCGAAAUUACUUUUACUUAAUUUUUCGUUUAAACUUCCAAUUUCGAUUUGGAAUAAGCGUGAAACGAUUUUAUUCGGUAUAUAUAAUAACAAAAAGAAACCUAACUUUAAUUAAUCAAAGUUAUAUCGAUCGAAAUGGUUUUCGCAGCCAAAAAAUCAAAAUCGGUAAGGCUGAUUAAGUGUGCUGCUCUCAAAACUUUUCAAUUAAGUGAAAUUCAAUCGAUUGCAAUAUUGUUCUUCCAGUUGUUACUCAAAAAUCAGAUAAUUUUGACAAGCUUUUCUUGUUAAUUUGACAAAACAUUUUUUCAGAGUACACAUAAAAUGUUAUUAUCUUGGUAAAUGGAAAACAGAAGUAAUUAUCCAUCUUAGUAACUUGUAAUCGAUUUUUUUAUGUUUACUGACCAAAAAGAAAUACCAUUAUGACCAUUAUGAAUGAUCUACUAUUUACUAGUUCUUUUAAUUUAUCUUUAAAAUGAAAUGGAAAUAAAAUAAAUCUAUCUUCAUAAAAUCUUUAUUAAUCUAUGAAGUUUGUUACAUUUUGUCUUAAAAAUCGCGACUUAAAAAUUAAAGAUCCUUCAUUGGAGCAUAUAAAUCAACAAUUACAAACGAUUAAAGGUUUAAUUGAAUAUUUGGAUUUGUAAAAUAAGGUGUCAAAAGUUGAAUAAGCAUAUAAAAUAAACUUAUAUUGCACAGUACAGUGUAUUUGAUGUUUCACAGAACGCGGCAUGAAGAUUUUUUCUAAAACCAAAACCCAUACAUUGCUAUUAAUGUAAAUGGAAUAUUUAGUGAAAAAGAAAACUUGUGACAAUUUGUUAAGUCACAUGGUUGUUAAAGUCGUUAAAGAAAUAUUUGAUAAAAUAUUGUGAUCGAGGCACUUCCCCUUAAAAAUAGUAAAAUUAAGAAUUAAUCGAUUUCAUGGAGAAAAAACGCCAGUCUUUCGACCUUUUAAAAAUUUUUGGAUGAUAGAUGGUUUCUAAAAGAAAAAAAAGCACAUAUAAAACGAACAAAUUUAUUCCAAAAAUUCAAUUGAAUAGUCUCUGUAGGCAAAAAAACACGACUAUUUCAUGGACAAUAUAAUGAUUAAGAAUAUUUUCUCUAAAAAAAAAAUCUACCACAAAAAGAACCUUCUAUCGAAGAAAUGACAAGCUUAAGGAAAAAUACCCUAUUUUUACACUCUUAAAAAAAUGAAAAGAUUAUUGUGAAAGAAAAUCUUUUCUUUAUCUUCUAUAGACAAUUAUUUUAUCAUAUUGUCCUCCAUUUUCUUGCGCCCAAAAAAAAAACUGUAGAUGAGGAAAUUUUACAAGGAAAAUGUUUAAUGCUGUGACUAAAAGAUCGUUUCCUUGGACACACAACAGAAAUGAAAAUCCCCUUUGCUAUUCCACGUUCAGAAAACAAAACAUGUAUUGUAAAAUACUGAAACGUAAUACAAACUAGGAACGUAUAUUUCUCCCAAUUUAGAGAUCCUUGGCAUUUUUACAAAUCACACAAGACACACGAUGUGGAAUAACGAAUUAAUUAGUAGAAUAUAAAGUAAAACCAAGAAAAAAAACAAGAUAUUAUAAAUUGUAUGUUGUAAUGAGAUGCAUUGAAAACAUCAUGAAUUAUUGUGUAGACGAAUAAAAAAAAAAGAAAAUAUUAAUACCCCAAUUUUGAGAACCAGCCCCUGUUAUUUGCGCGCAAAAGAAAUGCAAUUAGAGCAAUGUUGGAACAUGGUUUUCAUUAAUGAUGGAAAAAAUAUCAUUGUAGAAAGAAUAUACAAAAAAAAAGUAUAUAACGCAAAAAGUGUAAAUUAUUAUAUAUAUCUAAUCAUACAAUCAAUUGGUUGUUAUUUGAUGGAGAAAACGAUGAGGUAAAAAAAAAUAUUCACAAAAAAAAGAAAAAAAUGGAACAUUAUAUUGAUUAUUACAGAGUUAGGUAGUAAUAUUAGGAAUACGUUUAAAUUUAUGAUAACAACAAACAACAAAAAUAUAUGCUAUGAAAUAAAAGAAAAAAAAUAUUACAGUAAA